ACUGGGAGCCACCAUGCGCUGAUGCUCCGUCAAAUGCUCUCAUCACUGUUGGCAACACAAGCCCCGCAUCAGUACAGCAGAGUCAGACACCAGCCGACCGGCACGAUGGAUGGACCACAUAAAGACCGCAGAAUGACUCACUUGUGGAUAUUGACGUUACUGAUGAUUGUUUAACGUCUAUAGCACUGGAUAGAUAACUCGGUCUUUUUGAACUUUUUUCCCCCUCUUCUGGAUACGGAUUGCGGAGCUGGAUUUUAUCCCAACAGGGUUUUGAAGAAGGAUUCUAUUUAUUGAGUUCAGUUUAUUCUUACUUUUUCUUUUUCUUUUCUUUCCUUUUUUUUUGGCUCUUUUUAUUUGGAAUUGAAACAUUUUUGUGGGAGGGUGAACUGAUUUCUGGGAUACGAACAUAAAACUCUAAAGGAUGGCCGAUUGGUUCACCUCUAUCACCGCAAUAGUUAUGAUGUUAUUUGCUCAGGUUUUGGGAUCAAGCGUGUUCGAGAUAGAUCUUCACCACUUUCAAAAUACAAAACAUUUGCUGGCAAACGGACGCAGCUGCAGCACGGAUGGCUGUAGGACUUAUUUCAGGGUUUGUCUGAAGAACUUCCAGAAGGAGGUGUCUCCUGGAAGGUGCAUAUUCGGCAGAGCGAGCACACCUGUCCUGGGGACCGACUCCUUCAGCAUCCAACCGGACGCGACCGUGAAGCUGCCGCUCAAUUUCACCUGGCCGGGUGCUUUCUCUUUGGUUAUUGAAGCUUGGUAUUCUCCUGCAGCGGAGCAGCCCGGAGAUUCCAGCAACCCUGAAUUAUUGAUCAGCUCCUUUGCCACCCAAAGCCAACUGGGAAUAGGGCCUGAGUGGUCCCAGGUUGAACAGACGGGGAUGGAGACGCAGACGGAGCUAAGGUACUCAUAUCGAAUCGUCUGCAAAGAAAAUUACUACGGGACCACCUGCUCAAGAAUAUGCGCUCCAAGAGACGACCAUUUCGGCCACUACACCUGCACAACUGAUGGACAAAUAGACUGUCUGCCGGGAUGGAAGGGAGAAUACUGCGAAAAACCCAUCUGCCUUGAAGGCUGCAGUGAAAGCAACGGGACCUGUCAAAUACCAGGAGAGUGCAUAUGCAGAGAGGGCUGGCAGGGACUGUUUUGUGAUGUGUGUAAACUCCAUCCGUCCUGUAAACACGGUACCUGCGAGGAGCCGUAUCAGUGCACCUGCAAAGAGGGCUGGGGAGGCAUCUUCUGUGACCAAGAUCUGAACUACUGCACCAAUCACAAACCCUGUGCCAAUGGGGCCACGUGCAUGAACACCGGCGAGGGUUACUACACCUGCGCCUGCCUGCCCGGCUUCGCUGGGAAGAACUGUGACUUAGAGGUCAUGGAGUGUGACAGCAAGCCCUGCCACAACGGAGGCCGCUGCGUGGACUCAGAGACAGGCUACUCAUGCAUAUGCCCAAAUGGGUUUGAAGGGCCACACUGUGAACACCGGAUACUGACUUGUGCAGACAGGCCUUGUUUCCAGGGUGGCAAGUGCAAAGAGCAGGACAAUGGGAGAAGUUACAUAUGCGAGUGUCCAGCUGGAUACACUGGACUCAACUGUGAGAAGAAAGUGGAUAAAUGUACAUCGCUGCAAUGCGCCAACGGUGGACAUUGUGUGGUUCAGGGUAACCUCAGAGUGUGCAGCUGUCGCUCAGGUUUCUCUGGGCUGCGUUGUGAAAUCAACAUCGAUGAAUGCGCCAGGAAUCCAUGCGCUAACGGCUCCACCUGCGUAGACCGCAUCAAUGACUACACCUGCAUCUGCCCGCCAGGGUACAUGGGCCGCCGCUGUGACAGGCCCAUGAACCGCUGCGCCUCUAUGCCCUGCCUCAACGGUGGGACCUGCACCUAUGGACCCACAGGCAAGCCCACCUGCCUCUGCGCUGCCCACUACAGUGGUUCCCAGUGUCAGAAUAGCAACCAGCACUCAGCGAACACCUCCAGUCCCAACACCGGUUUGGAGCCCAGCGAAAAGCUGAACUUGGUUGCCGUUGGCUUGGGUGUUGGUCUGGUUAGUGUUCUGGUGCUUCUCUGCAUGACGGUGUUUAUAGUACACAACAGAAAAAAGCAGAGGGACAAGGAGCUCGACUCCAAGACAAUGAACAACCUCUCCAGGAUGGACUUUCAGAAGGAGAACCUCAUCUCCUCUGUUGAACUAAAGAACACAAACAAGAAGAUCGGUCUGGAGGUGGAUUGUCCCUCAGAAAAGUCCAACCAUAAGUACAUCAACAGCUAUCAGCUGGACUACAAAUCCCCCAUGAGGUACAAGGAUGAACUGUCACUCCUGGGCAAAGACGAAAACUGUGAAAAGACAUUAGAAGAAAGAAAACAUUUGAGUAGAAUGUACAGUGACCUGUCAGACUGUAGAAUAUCAACAAUAUGCUCCUCUAAAGAGUCAGUCUAUCAGUCUGUCUUUGUAAUAGGAGAAGAGAGGCAAGAAUGCAUCAUUGCAACUGAGGUAUAAUAAUCAGAACGUGUUUCUUAUUGUGAAGAGUGGAUCCCUUGCGGACUGUUUACACGUGUGAAGAGACUGGGAUUUAUUUAAAACGCAAGUUGCUGCUGUUGAAAACUUGAUAACUGGAUGUGCUCUCUGACUAGAACUGAACUAAAGCGAAUAAGCCUUUGAGAAUGUACAGACUGAGGCUCAUGGAUCUACAUUUGACUGUUGCAACUCAAACCCUCCACUGCUUUGUCCAGCUUAACCGCGAAGCAACAAGAAGUCACUGUUUCUGUGCCGAUUAGGACGAGAAGAAUGCUCACAUAAUUCAGCUGUAGCAUGAAUCAGGCUUAUUUCCACUCUUUUUGACCUGCCCUGUACUAUGCAAACAAAAGAAGGACACACACGCACACGCACACCUACACACACACAAAAAAAACAACAACUACUGAAAUCGGUUUAUUUGUGAGGGAUAUAUUUGGGAUUCUGUAAAACAAAUCUGUUUUUAUAAAGAAUGUAUGAUCACAAAAGCCUUAAAUGUGUGCAGGGAAACCAUUUUUGCCCCUCCUUAUCUUGAUUUCUUUGCACAGCAUCUUGGUGGUAACCAUAACUGAUCAGAAGAUGCAAAAUAAAAAAAUAAAAAAAACACUAAAAUACCAUGCAGGGAAAUUUAUGACUGGGCCUUGUCUGUUUUAUGCAAACUCCCCCCAAUAAAGACAAAGACACAUGUGAAGUGACUAUCAUACCAAGGACGCCUUCAGCGGAAAUUGCUGAACCAAUAAUGCUAUUUUGUAAGAUUAGUAUUUCAUUUGUAAUUUAAUUAUACAAAGCACUGAUCUUUUUAUGUUUUAUAAGAUUGUUUUGUAUAUAAUGUAUAUUUAUAUGUUGAGAUUAGAUGUGUUUUAAGUUGAUGCCACCAAAAUGGCAAAUUUGUCUUUUUGUGUUUUAUUUUAUUAAUAUAAUUAUUAUUAUAGUUUUUUUUUUAUUUUGCUAUAAAAAAAGACAUGCAGAACACA